ACAGCCAGGCGAGGACGGCGACGCGACACGUGGCACCGUCGUGUCUGUCCAGCUCGGAUGUCAUCAGAUCCGAACAAAGCCCAAGGCGGGUCCAUCACCCAAAUGGCUGCAGGACUUCAAGCUCCCCGUGGAAACCGCGCUGCUCUUCUGGUGCCACCAGCACGACCCCGCUAAGCAGCAAGACCCCGCUAAGCAGCAGGUUGGGAAGUACGAGGAGCACGAGCAGCAGCAGGAGGGUCAGGAGCAUGAGCAGCAGAAGCAGGCAACGAAUGAAGACCCAGCAAGCGGUGGUCCAUCCCUCAUUGUGAGCCAUCCCAUCCCCUUCCACCCUGUUGUCCUCACCUUUCUCCGACUCUUCAUCCCUUCUCCCACCCUCCAUGUUCAUUCGCUCUCCAUCUUUUCUGACCAAGUUUCACCCAACCCCAUCUCUUUCCACCAAGUCUCACCCAACCUCAUUGUGGGCAUCAGCAGCCUCGCCAGGCCCGGCGGCAGGUUCGUGCCUCGGCCGAGCCAGCGUGCCGCUGGCAGGGUUGGUGGGGGGCGCGACAGUGGUGCGGUGGUAUCAACCGAUGGACGAGGAGGGGUGUCUGGUCGGGGAGAUCUGCAUCGUAUCCCGCUUCCUCCGACUUUCUUCUUCCGGCUCCUCCUGCUCUUCCGGAGCAAGAACACCCGUUGCUGGAGGAGCAAGAACGCCUGUUGCAAGUGGGUCUAG